CGAGCACUGUGCGCGCGCUCACAACGUAACAGGAAGUCAGCUACGUUGCUAGUGAGCGACGAAGAAAAAGUUGUCGAUAAACUCUUUCAACAAAACUUCAGGGUUGUUUACAGAGAGAUCUAAAGAUGUCUUCAGGCGCUCUCUUUCCAAGCUUGGUGAGCGGCUCCAGAGGAAGCUCCAGCAAGUACCUGGUGGAGUUUCGUGCCGGGAAAAUGACUCUGAAGGGGAACGUAGUGACACCUGAUAAACGCAAGGGCAUGGUGUACAUCCAGCAGUCUGACGACUCCCUGAUUCACUUCUGCUGGAAGGACAGGACGACUGGCAAUGUUGAUGAUGACCUGAUCAUCUUCCCUGAUGACUGUGAAUUCAAGAAGGUGAGCCAGUGCACCACCGGACGUGUCUUCGUGCUGAAAUUCAAGGCCGGAUCCAAGAGACUGUUUUUCUGGAUGCAGGAGCCAAAGAGUGACAAGGAUGACGAGUACUGCCGUAAGGUGAACGAGUACCUGAACAACCCUCCCAUUCCCGGAGCGGCAGGAAGCGGAGGCGGCAGCGGCCACGAACUCUCUGCACUCGGAGGAGAGGGAGGCCUGCAAAACCUGCUGGGAAAUAUGAGCCACAAUCAGUUGAUGCAGCUGAUUGGACCGACGGGACUGGGAGGACUGGGAGGCCUGGGAGCUCUAGCAGGACCAGGACUUGCCAACUUGCUGGGCAGCGGAGGACCAGCCACAAGCAGCUCCUCAUCCAGCUCUCGUAGCCAGUCAGCAGCCGCCACUCCGUCAUCAGGCGGAGCCCCCAGGGUGAGCUCCUCUCAGGCCCCCACCACCCCUGUGACUCCUGCUGCCUCAGCUGUCUCUCCCACCAGUGUUGCUCCCUCCACACCAGCCUCAGCUCAGACUCCCCAGGCCCCAGCCUCUGUUGGAAGCCCUACCUCCCACCAGCCCAUCCAGCUCAGUGACCUUCAGAGCAUCCUCGCCACCAUGAACGUCCCAGCAGCGUCGGCUGCUCAGGGAACAGCGGUGGACCUUGCAAGUGUUUGCACCCCAGAGAUGAUGGCUCCCAUCCUGGCUAACGCUGAGGUCCAGCAGAGGCUCCUGCCCUUCCUCCCCAGUGGAGAAAGUUUACCGCAGAGCGCCGAGGAGAUCCAGAACACAAUCAACUCCCCUCAAUUCCAACAGUCCAUGAGCAUGUUCAGCAGUGCCUUGGCCUCCGGGCAGCUCGGCCCUCUCAUGAGUCAGUUUGGUCUGCCGGCAGAAGCUGUGGACGCCGCCAACCGAGGAGACGUGGAGGCGUUUGCCAAAGCCAUGCAGGGCAACAGAGGAGACGCCAAAGACAAGAAGGAAGACGACGAGGACAUGAGUCUGGAUUAGACCACACUCUGCCAAGCCUCAGUAAAAUCUGUGAUUCCUUUUCCUCCUUGUUACUUUUUCUUUCCCCUCCUGUCGUUAAUGCUGUCUGACACUUCUCUAUACCAAAGGCAACACUCUGCUCCUCACUCAGGAUCAACAGCAAAGGGUUAGCAGAGCCGUUGACACGUGAACGUUUGGCCAGUUUUCACUGUGACGACCAUGUGACUGACAUUAUCAACAGCUCUGUGUUUUUAUACUGACCAUCACUUUUAUUCUGAAAGGAGUUACGAAACAUCGCAGGGACUGAGCCUUACGUUAGAUUUUGUUUUCUUCCUGUUGUUCCACAGACUGUCACCGCCCGAGUCUUUGUGAUACACUCUUGAU